CGGGAGGGGGCUACGCGCGGGACCCGGCGGAGCGCUCCCGGCCUGGCCACGAACCGGGAGCGGUCGGUUAAUGAUUUAAUCGCCCGCUUGGGGCGGUGGAACUGGGAUCGGCUGUCUCUAGCUCCGCCCCCUCUCUGGAGCGCCCCCCAUCGGGGGCACAAAACUGCCCCCCUGCCCGGGCCGCGUCCCGGUGAGCCACUCUGCGGGCCGGGCCGCCGCCGUCCGACGUCCGGACACACCCAGCCUGCUUCUGUCCUGCUGCCUCUCGGAACCCAACGGUGCAGCCCUCACAGGACUGGAGACCAGGGAGCCCCCAGCACCUGAGGACACGGUAACGCCUGUUAUUGGACACCGUCAUCCUGUGUUGGUGAGACUGCGACUUGGUAAAACCUUCUGGAGAACAAGUUAAGAAGGAGAAACAAAAGUAAUUUUACUCACUUAUAACCCUAUGAUCUCCUCCUUAUCGCCCCCUCCACCCGCCGGACUUCAGAUCUGACCUCAGAUCCGCCUGCUGUUUCUGGAGGGGACCCCCUCCCCUCCCCUCCCCUCCCCCGGCAAGAUGCCGAUCCUCAAGCAGCUGGUGUCCAGCUCCGUGCACUCCAAGCGCCGCUCCCGAGUGGACCUCACGGCCGAGAUGAUCAGUGCCCCGCUGGGCGACUUCCGCCACACCAUGCACGUGGGCCGGGCGGGGGACGCCUUUGGGGACACCUCCUUCCUCAACAGCAAGGCUGGGGAGCUGGACAGCGAGUCCGUGGACGAGCAGGCCGCGGCCUCCUCGUCCUCCAAACGCGGCCUCCUGGCCCGGAAGUUCCGGGGCAGCAAGCGGUCACAGUCAGUGAGCAGGGGGGACCGGGAGCAGAGAGACGUGCUGGGCCCCCUGCGGGACUCGGCCCUGUUCGUCAAGAACGCCAUGUCCCUGCCUCAGCUGAACGAGAAGGAGGCCGCCGAGAAGGGCUCCAGCAAGCUGCCCAAGAGCCUGUCCUCCAGCCCCGUGAGGAAGGCCAGCGGGGAGGGCGGCCUGGAGGAGGCGGUGCCUCGGCGGAAUGGGGCCUCCGCCCCCCACUCCCCAGACCCCCUCCUCGACGAGCAGGCCUUCGGGGACCUGGCGGAUCUGCCCGUGGUUCCCAAGGCCAGCUUCGGGCUGAAGCACGCCGAGUCCAUCAUGUCCUUCCACAUCGACCUGGGGCCCUCCAUGCUGGGCGACGUCCUCAGCAUCAUGGACAAGGCCGAGUGGGAACCGGAGGAGGAGGAGGAGGGGGAGGUCGGUUACCAUGGUGACGAGGACCCAGCAGGCAGCCCCGCCCAGGCUCCCCCGACGGUGGCGGCAGCCCCGCCCCUGGCAAGGCAGGAAGGCGCGGGGGGCCCGGACCUGCCCGCGCUGCCCUCCCGCGCCCUGCAGGAGGAGGGCUGGGCGGCGGUGGCCCCCAGCCCCGGCUCGGCCCGCAGCGUGGGCAGCCACACCACGCGGGACAGCAGCUCCCUGUCCAGCUGCACCUCGGGGGUCCUGGAGGAGCGCAGCCCCGCCUCCCGGGGGCCGGACCGGGCCCGGGCCGCUGUCCCGAGGCAGCCGGACCCCGAGUUCUCCUUCAUGGACGAGGAGGAGGAGGACGAGAUCCGGGUGUGAGGCCGGCCGGAGGUAGGGGCUCUUGGCUUUGUCUCCUCCCUGACCCCCGCCUCGCAAGGUCGGCCAAGAGCCUGGCUGCGGGCCACAGACAGACCCCGGACCUCACGGAUGAGGGGCGCUGGCCGAGCCUGGGGGCCCGCGGAGGACCUGGAGCUGGCUCGGGUGCCUGACUUCUUCGCACACCCUGCCCUGCCUGAGCUCGUAGGACAGGGCUGUGUUCUCGCAGCAGGAAUCGGCUUUCCUCUCCCGGCCUCCAGUGGAUGCCGGCUGUCAACCUGAGUCCCUGCCACGUGCAGCAAUAACAGGGCAGCCAGGGGCGGCCCAGGGGUGCCAGGGCUAAGGACACUUGACCUGCCUCUUUACUCCUGGCGUUUCUGUUGUGACCGGCGGUGGCCGCCGGAAGAAAGGCCUGUGACAGGUCACAAGUCCCGGCCCCUCCCUCCUCCAUCCCCAGCUCCUGCACGGGGAGCCCCUCGGAGGAAAGGCGGACCGAAUGUGUACACUCAACGCGACCCCUUCCGCGGGGUGAGAACAGGAUGCAGAACGGAAGGAAGGCCCCGGGGCAUCUUGAGUUUUCAAGAGGGGGCCCUUGCAGGAUGACACUAGGACAGGCUGCAGCCCUUGCUCAGUCCCUCUGGGUUUGUUUGUUCUUGUGUUUAAAUCUUUUUAGAGCAGUACCAGCAACGGUGUUUGUAGACCCGCCACCAGAAGAAAAACGAAUCCUUUUAGAAAACCUUUAUACUAAGUGCUUCCAAACUUUAUUUAGAACUGUAUGGGGUGGAGGUCUGUGCGUGUCUGUCCUCGGCCCCCUCCCCCAUAGCUAUUAACAACAACAGGCAGCCAGUGUAGAAAAUUUCUGGAAAAUGAUUAUUAAAAAAAAAUGUCAUUCCUAUGGGGGGAUAAAACCUCUUUUGACUGGCUUGUUCCCUCCUCCACCGCAACCCCCGGACUGACUACUUCCCUUUCCUUUCCCAGGCCUCUGCCAGCGGAACCCCCUUCCCCACUUCUGAGUCAGUGGUCCUGAGGGUAUAGGGUUGCCAGAUUUAGCAACAAAACAAAACAAAAACCAGAAUGCUGAGUUACAUUAGAGUUUCAGGCAUGCAAAGGAUAAUCUUUUAGUGUAAGUAUGCCCCAUGCCAUAUUUGUAAUGCACUCAUGCUAAAAAAUUAGUUGUUGUCUUUCUGAAAUUCAGAUUUCACUCUGCGCCCUUAGAACCCCACCCAAGGGGAUUGAGUGGAGGUUGGGUGCGAGCCCCCAGGAUUCACGGAUGAUGAUUUUUCUGUCCUGGCAACAGGCUGACUCACCUUCUCCUGUCGCCUCGUAGCCAGUGGAGGGAGGGGGACGGACAGAACUGCCACGGGGUCCAGCCAGGGCUGGCGGCGGGUGUAGCUGCCCUAACCUCCUGCGUUUUGCCAGACCCGGACUCAGACACUACGUUAGUUCUUGAACUGGGUGCCCACUGGUUUCCUGCCAUGCAGCUUCUGCCAGCUGCUGCCCUUGAAACCCAUCGAGACAGCAGUCAGUUCCAGAUUCUAAACUGUAUAUUUUUUUUUCCGUGAAAAUGUUAAAACAGCAAGGAAACAUUAAAAUAAAAGGCCUUACAGCA